AUGCUUAAAAUUCCAUCAGAAUUAUGCAAUGAUCAACAAUCAUCAUCAUCACAUGCUGGAAAUCAGGAAUCAUCCUCAACAUUAUCAGUAACCGGUAGUGAAAAAUUACAUGAAACAACUCCGGAAACUGGAUCAAUUCGGAAAAAACGAUUUCUAAAUAGACUAGCAAUAAUAUCAAUCAAAAAAAUGAAAUCACUGAUGAAAAAAGCAAAUCAGGAAAAUAUAAAUUAUUCAUCCGUACUAACCGUAACACCUAAAAUAGGAACUGUAGAAUUAGGAAAGGAUGAAAUGGAAUUUAUAGAUGCAAAUGGUGAUGAUCCGGAUUGUUGCAGGAAUAGAAGAAAUACAAUGAAACGUGGCUUCCGGUAUCUUUUCAAUCAGGAAAAAACCAAUAACAAAGAUGAUAGUGAUGAUAUGGGAGUGGAACAAAAACGUGGAUUUUUUCAGAAAUUUUUCCGUCCACCAAGUUCACGGUCAUUAGCCGAUGAUGAAGGAACAAGUACAGAUCCGGAAAGAAGGCUUUUGUUACACGAUGAUGACGGAUAUGCUGUAAUUGAUAGGCAACAACAACAACAUGAACUUGUUAUUUCUGUUGACAAAGAGAAACGUGAAAUGUCAGCACCAGUGUCACCAAAAAGUGUCACAUUUGAGGAUGAAUUGUUUACAACAACAACAACAAUAUCAGGACGACGUGGUCAAAGUUUGGCACCACCACCCACAUUUUUAACCACUCCAACAGGAACAACAAUACCAUCACAACAAGCAUUCAUCAAUUUUAAUUAUGAUGUAUCACCAAUUUCAAGAAUGAAUUCUAGGAAUGAUUUACCUAAAAGCAAUUUACCUGAUCGAGAGCAUUUUUCACCAACACGUUCAAGUCGUGAUGCAUCAUUAGCAUUAGAUGAAGCCACUCAUGAUUUAUUACGUCUUUCUUCACAGCCACCAGAUAUUUGGUAUAGCAGUAGUUCACGUCCGCUGCAUGCAUCCGAUCGCAUCCCAAAAUCUGCAUCUACUACAUCAAUGAAUAAAGUUAUUAGGGCAAAGGAUGGUGGAAUGAUGAAAUUAUUAAAUGCUUUUUCAUGGGAUAGUGAUCGAUUAAGUGAUCUUGGUGCUACUGAUACAUCAGCAUAUACUGAUGAAGAAGGACGGCGACAUCAAACAGUUACCGUUUAUACUAAUCAAAAAAGACAAGGACCACCAAUCAUUCGAACAACAGUGGAAGGCAAAUUAAAAAUGGAAAAAGUUGUUGGGGCAGAUCUUAUAUCUGUUGAGCAUUGUACAUGUAGUGCAUGGACAAUACAUGAUACUAUUACUCAUUAUAAAGUAAAAACUACAUUAGGAAAUCGUACAUUAAUUAUGGAAGACGAAUCAACGAAUGAUAAAAAUUGCGAUGGAAGUUUCAAAAUGAGUUUUUAUGAAAAUGAUCAAUUAAAAACACGAGAUAAUGCUGAUUUUCAAAUACCAUCGAAUGUAGAUAAAGCUAAAUAUUUGUCAUUAUUAAGUCAACGAUUGUUGCAUGAUAUGGAAAUGUUAAAUCAACAUGAUGAAAAGAAAACAACAACAACAGCAAAAACACGAGUUGAAGUAGAAGUAAUUGAGAAUGUGACAAAAAUUCUAAAAACAUAUAUUAUUGGACAGCGAAAUGAUUUUCUUCAAGAUUUCUCGAUCGAUCAAACAACAAUUAAUACAACGGAUGAUGAAUUAUCACAUAGCAAUUACAAACAUGAAAUGAUAUCAUUAUCAGAAAAUUUUGAUGAGACGAAAAUGCUAAAAAAUGAAGCAAUAAUUAAUCAAUCAUCAUCUGAUAUUAAAUUUCUUGUUGAAGGUCAUCAAUAUAAAGGUCAUUCUGAAAUACGACGACGACGACCUUAUCAACGAACUAAUUCAGAUGUAACGACAACAUCAGAAAGUCUGAAUGACAAAUAUAUAUUAUUACCUUCUAUUUAUACUAAUUUAGAAUGUAAUUUAAAACGUAUGGAAGAUCAUUCAUUUAUUGAAGUUAACGUUGCAGUACCAAACGUUUUCUCAGCUGUUUUAUCGUUAAUACGUGAACGUAUUAUUUCACAAUUACCAAAUCUUGUUAAAUAUGGUAUAGAGCAACACGGAAAACAAUAUUCCGGUGAGACAACUAUUCGACGUAUACAACAUUUCGACUCAAUUGAAUCAAUCGAUGAAAAAAUGAUAAUUAAUAAUCAAAAAGAGCCAAGUUUUUUGUUCGAAAAACCACAAAUAAUUGAACCGGUGAAAAUUCCUGUUUUAAAUAUUACAGAAUUGGAUUUACGUCGAAUGGCCGAUACAUCAGCAAUUUUAGCAAAUUUUGCUAUUCCACGUAUUGAUUAUAAUCAAUUAAAUAUUGAAAAGUCAUAUGAAUUUCAUGAAGCAAAAGGUAGCAGUUAUGGUAUGCAACAAAAAGGACAAUAUUUUGAGGGUGAAAUGAUUUUAAAAAAGAAACGACAAAUUUUAUUGGAAUCAGAAUCAGCUUCAGAUGACGAAAUUACCAGCUGUGGUUCAACAUAUUUAAAUUUGAUGAAGCAAGAAGCACGUGGUGAAUUUGAAGUUGCAAUAAUUAUUUCAAAUGAUCAACGUAGCUCACCAAAACAUUUUCAACAAAGUCAACCAAUUGAAUUUAUCAAUUUAAUCACACAAGUUAGCACUGAUGGUAAAAAAGAAGAGGUAGUUGCUACACUUGCAACAAGAAUUAUUUCUAAGGAAAUAUUUAUAAUACAAGAAAUGAGUGCUGUAAUUAGUAAUGCAAUUAUAACAAUUCAAAAAUCAAUUAAUCUGGAUGAUAUUUUCCAGCAUAAUAUUUGCUGUUGGAAUGAUAAAAUAAUUCAUCGAGAAUUUGCUAAAUUCUUGGCAUCCAGUGAGGAAGAGGCACAAAUUUAUUUGAAAUUUAUUUCAUCUGCUAUUGCAUGUCAAAAUGUGUGCUGCAUUCGUGCAAUACCAAAUUUAUUGCAUAUAACAUUCACUGCUGAAAUAUUCCAAUCAGCAAAUGAAACAGUGGUAAUUUAUAUGCAAAAUAAAUUUGCUACCACAAUAAUGAUGUCCUGUGAUGACGUACGUCAAAUUUCACGAUUGUCCAGUGGACAUAUGCUAAAAACAAAAGCUACUACAGAAGAAGCAACAAUAAUUAUGCUAAGUAUUGGAUGUAUUAGUAAAUAUGCUAAUACGCUUAUGACGGAAUUUAUCGUAAAAGACGCACACAAAUGCAAAGUUAAUCUUUGCUCACGAGCUAGUCGUGAAAGUGAACGUAUUUCAAACGUAUCAUUGAAUCGAAGCACAAAAAUGCUAGCUACAACUAUACGAUUAUUGGAACGUAUAAAACGGAAAGAACAAUUGACAGUCACAGAAUUUGGUGAUGAAAAUGAACACGUAGCUAUUCUGUUACAACGUGCAGGUAUCACGCAUGGUCAAGUGCAACGUGAAUGGCCUGAAGCAGUGACAGAUGCGGAUGAAACUAAGACAGAUGGCGCAAAUGAUAUAAAUGAAAUGUUAUCAGAACAUGAGCUUCGAGUGAUACCUAUUAAAUUGAUUUCAACUAUGAAUUCAAAUAAUAUAAAUGAUAGAAAAAAGCAUACAAAAGAAGAAGAGGAAGAAGAACAACAAUGGAAUACAAAAAUUAAUUUCAUUAAUUCAUCAUCUCAUGGAAUCAGUUCUUUGUCAUUGCUCGAUGAUAUCGAUUCAAAUAGAAUAAUUAAUCAUUCAUACAUAAGUGAUAACUUCAAAAUGAUGAAAAUUUCCGAUAUAUCAAAUUCCAAUUUGCAAAAUGCGUCAGAAAAUUUAAAUCGAUGGAAAGAAUCAAUAUCACAAGACAACAGUAAAGUUGAUAAAACAACAAUGAAAUUUAAAAAAGAUACGAAGGAAUUUGAACAUGAACGAAUACAUUUGCAAGAAUUUCCAUCCGAGCAACAAAAGCUGUACAUUUCUUGGCAAGGAAAAAAUGAAGAAAAGCACGCAGAAAAUGGAAUUCAAUUUGAAUUUAAUAAUAGAAAUGAACAAAGAGAUAAAAUUGAAGAAAAUGAUGAAUUGAAGAGAAAUUUCUAUAAUAAUACAAGUGAAACACGUGUUGCGAUGCUUAAUGCUGGUUUUAAUCUUGAUACGACAUUACUUGCGACACCAGAACGUGAAACGCAAUUUACUUUCGUAAGAGAUCGCAGUAUAACAACAAGUGAAUAUUUCUCAGAUGAACAAAGUUGGAGUGCUACAAUCACAGAAUCAUAUUAUCGACAGAAACAAACUCAUAUCGAACAAAUAUCAAAAUCAGUUGGUGAUUUACUUGAAUCAUCGUUGGAAGAGAAUUCUGAAGCAUUUUUCGAUGAAAUAAGCCAUAUUUCAGAUGCUACAUGUAAUCGUAUGAAAUAUUCCGAAAUGGUAAAUUCAGAAAAAAUGAAUUUACAUAUGACACAUUCGUUGACCAAUAGUCUUGAAGCAACUGCAUUAAAAGAAUUUCUAGUAGCAACCGAUGAUGAAUAUGAUGCUAUUCCGGAAUUAUGCAAGUAUGAUGUUAAAGUUGGAAAAUCGGAACAGUAUGAAUCAUCAUCUAUAUUCGUAACCGGAAAUCAUGUAAGCGAAACAACGGAAACAUCAGUUAUGAGAAAGGAAAAUGAAAAUUACGAAAAUGUAAAUGAAUCAAAUGAAAAACACUUAACAACAUUUUGGGAAAUAACUGAAAAAAAUAUUCAAACUCAGAUUCCAUCAUCGAUAAAUGUCGAAUGUGAGAAUGAAAUAUUUCAAGAAACAACUGCUAGCACUACAAAAACUAACGAAACCAUUGAGCAUAUGAUAUUAAAACCGGUAAACAUAACCGUAUUUGACACCAGAACAGAAAUUUCAAAAAUAGAAAAGCAAAAAUUAGAUGAUAAUAUUAGUGAAAUUGAUUAUUGUCAAACAGCUUCACAACCUUUUCUUGUAUCAGUUCAAAAACAAGAUGUAAGUCAAAAUGAUGCUAUGAUUACAUUUGAUAAAAUUAAAACAUCAACUAAGGAAGCAUGGAGUGAAAGUGAAUCAGUAAACAAUGAAUUGUUUACUACCUUACAGGUGUCAGACAAUAAAAGAACAUUUGAUGAGAGCAGCAAUCAGAUUAAUUUCAAUGAAAGGAACACUCGAUUUGAUGCUAUUGCGCAUUUUCCACCUAAAUUUGCGCCAAAUGAGAAAAAAAUGAUGGAAACAAAAAUGAUGCAAGAAGAGAAGAAAAUUAUAAAAGAAUUUGAACAGAUAGAAGAACAAUUCGAGACUAAUCGAAAUAUGGAAUUGCUAGAAGAGAUGAAACAAUUAAAGGAAGAAAUUGAAGAAAUAGCAAAGAUUGAUCAGGAAAUUGAUCAGGAAUUAUUGAUCAGGAAUGAAAAUGAAAAAAUAGUAGAAAUGAGAGAAGAAGUUUUAUCUAUACGUCAAAUUAUAUCAAAAGAUUGGAAUUUUGGAAAAUAUGUAGGAACACAAAUGGAAGAAAAGUUUAAUCAAAUUGAACAUGAAAAGAUUACUGAUACAAUUCAAAUAGAUCAAAACUUUCCGAUUUCCACAAAUUUAAAAACAAACAUUUUGAAAUUAGAAAUGGAAAAAGUUUCACCAACUGAAAAUGUUUACAUUGAAUGUAAAUUAAGAAAUUGUCAUCAAACAACGUUGACAACGAAUGGAAGAGAAGAAGAAGAAGAAGAAGUAAAAGAAAUAAUUUAUCGGGCAACUCAAAAAGAAUCAAUCAACAAUUCUUUUAACUUCGUUGAUUAUCAGGAAACAUUAUCCGGAAUAGAAGUUCACCUUUGUAUUCCAGAAUUUAACAUAACAACAGAGAAUUUUACAUUUUCCGAAGAAUACAGCAAACAAUUAUUGCAUAAAUUUGAGGAAAAAAUGGAAUAUGUAGGAACGCUCAAAAUGUCUAAUAUUGAAACUACAAUAGCAAAUAUUAGAGAAUAUAAUCAGGAAUUAACUGAUUCAAGUGAUCUAUAUCAGCAGAUUAUAGUUCAGGAAAUGGCUCAAGAAUGUACCAGAAUUAUUGCUGAUAAACUUAUGAUUCACGCAAGUGAAAAUAUUACGCAAAAUAUUACUUUACCUGAUCAAAUAGAUCAAUGGACGAUUGUUCCGGAAGAGAUGAAUGUUCAAGAAUGUAUGAAUUUGCAGUCGAUUUCUGAAAGUUUCAUCACGCAACAGUCUACAAUUUUAGAAAGCAAUCGGAAUAGUUUUCUGGAAAUAUCACCAAGUAUCAGAAGUAAUAGAACGGAGAAUACAUAUGCUAAGUAUCCGGAAACUGAACAUGAGAAUGAAGUAUUAGCUAUUGGAUGGAAUAAAGUUAUAAGAAGAGCAUCAACGGAAAAAUUGAUACCAAUCGGAAAAACGCAAACGGAAAAGUUAUCUACUAUAGCAAUUACGGAACAGAAUGUCGAGUUUUCGGGAAUGAUUGGAAAAAUGGACGAUCAUUUUGAUAGUAUUGAGCUAAAGCGCUCUUUGAAAAUAUCUACCACUGAUGAAAAGCAAUUAAUGAUAGCUUCUGAAAGUCGAGAAUAUUCUUUGCUUAAGAAAUCUUCCGCUCAGGAAUGCGGUAGUGUAAUGCGAGAUUUGGAAAUUAUUCAAAUUAGCGCACAUAUUAUGGAAUAUGGCGUAGCGCAAACAGUAAUUACAGGUUUCUUCGCAAAAUUGGAACAGAAGAAAAUAGCAGAAAAAGUUGAAGUACAACUUGCUACUUCAAUAAAACUUAAAAGUUAUUUUGACACAAAGUUUGCUAAUUUCGAAUCUGUCUUGUUGGAUAUACAAUUAAAAUGCAAUUGUAAUGCGGAAUCGGCUGAAAGUUUUAUUAGCAUUGCGCAAAAACCAAUUGUGAAAUUCAUUAUAAAUCUGAAAGGAACACUAAUGAGUGUAUUAAAAACACAAGCGGAACAUAUAUCAAGCGUUGGACGUGUUUUUCCGGAUGAGAAACGUGAAAGGACUUCUGUAUGCAUUCAUGAAUUUGAUAAUGAACAUCAACAAUAUAUGGCGCAAUGGGAUAUGAUACAGAAUGCGCUAUCAGCUGAAGUAUGUGUAGAAUUGAAAAAGAUAACAUGCAACGUUGAUGCAAUUAAGCAAGAAAAUAUUCAAAUUAACAAGCAAAUCGGAAAACCGGAAUUUAUAGAUGCUGCCUGUUCAGAAAUUAACGAAACAUAUAUGAUGAUAUUUGAUAAACAAUCACAACAACAAUCAUUAAAAAUUAUUCAAAAUGAUAUAAAUCGAGAAUGGAUUCUCGAUGAGCAAAAAUAUGUUGCACAAAAUGAAGUAACAAAAUUUGUAGAUGCAAUAUGGAGUACAAUUGUGAACGAUUCAAAUAUUGCUAUUAAUAUUUGUGAAUUUAACCGUGAGCAAAUAACGCUUAAUACUAAAGCUAGUGAGGAAAUUUGUUUGGAAUGUAAACAAAUGCUUUAUAUGAAAUCAGUUGAUGAGAAUGCCUUCGCACACUUUCAUACAAACACCGCUGUUUCAGGCGGUGAAAGACAAUUUAAAAUAGAAUGUAAAAUGAAUGAAAGCAUUUUGGCACGUCAACAAGAAGAAUUAUUUGCUGAAAGUGUACAACAAAAAGCAAUAUUACAUGCGGAAAAUUUGACUGAAUUCAUAGCGGAAAGUACUGCAGUGCAAGCAGAUGCUGGAAUUUUAUUGAUACGCCGUUCCGCAACGCAAACAACGGAAUCUGCUUCACAUAUUAUUGGCAUUAUCUUAACCUUAACACAACAUUUUGAAGCACAGCAUGCUCAAGAAAUAACCAAUGAAGCAAAUGUGGAAUUUUCCAUUCCGGCAUCAAAUCUAGAAGUGGAAGAUAAUAUCUGUAAAUCAGUUAUCAAUCGAAGUGUCGUCAAUUUGGAGACUAAUUAUGCGAAAGCAAUAGCAUUACAAGAAAAUGUUGAAUUAAUCAAUUCACGUAAAGUAUUAGCUGAAACGGAGAGUAUUUUGAAAGGAAUGCAUACGGAUAGUGUACGUGAAAAAAUGAGAGAGACAAAUUCGGAAGGUUUUGAAAUUUUAUCACAAUGGACUACUGUUGAUCGAGAUUUAGAAGCAGAAGUAAGCUUAAAACAUAAGCAUAACAUUGUGAGUAAAUUGUCAACAAUAGCAAUUAUCGAAGAAGAAAUUUCAAUUGAUGAAAAAUGGAUAGCAACGGAAUGUAAUUUGGAAAUAUGCAAAAGCAGAAAUAUCAUUGUAAACGAGCAUUGUCAAUGUAAUUUACAAAUUGAAUUUAAUGAGCUGACAAUAGAAUUGAAAAAUUAUGAAAAGAAAGAAAAUUACGAGAUAUUAUGGAACGAUAAAAAUUAUGAUACAUUAGACGUAAACGUGUACGAAACAAUUUUGGAAAAGUUAAACGCAAUGAUUAAUCUUCAUCGUGUAUCAAAUAUUUUACCGAAACAAUCAGCAAAUGAAUAUAUUUGCCGUGAUCAACAAUUUCUCGUAGCACUUCCAUUGUACGUGAAAUGUGACGAGAACAAGGACAAAACAAAUUAUACAAUUUUAGAAAUUUGUUUGAAACAAAAUGAAGUGGAAGAAUAUAUUGAAACAAUUCAAACUAUGGCUAAUUGGAUGAAAAUGGAAAUUUUUGAAUGUGAACAAGCUGAGAAUGAAAAAUUUCAUAUGGAUGUGAAAUUGCAAGGAAAACAAUUAUUAGCAUCGUUGGAGGUAGAAUUAGUAUGGCCUGAAAUUAGAAAAGGUGAUAAGAUGGCUAUUGAUAUGAUAGAAUAUGUGGAAGAACAGAUAACAAUUUAUGCACAAAUAGCAUGCAAACAAAUAUCAUUUGAUGAAUUUAACAAAACAAUUAUCAUAAGCCAAAAGUCAGAACCACAAAUGCUAAUGACAAGUACCACAAAAGAAGAAAUUGUAAAUGGAUACGAUGAAUUUAGAAUAGUACCACAAGAAAAAGCUACUACUUUUGUGAUAAUUAUUGGAAAUAAGGGUGAAUGCUUAUCAGUAUGGUUGCAAGAAGCCAAACAAAAUUUUAUCACUAUGGGAUUUCAGUAUAAUGAAGAAAGUGAAAUAUAUGAAACAGAGGGUAAUUUUACUGAAAAACGUUUUGGUGGUAAUUAUCAACUGAUAACAAAAGCGACAAGAAUAGAAGAUAGCAAUGCUAGCAUGAUAAUGUCACAUCGAAUUGCAAAUGAAGCAAUUAAUAAAGUUUUCAAAGAGUGCGCCAAAAAAUUUGCAACAAUGGAUAUGCUAGCGGCAACAUCAAAAGUAAUACUGGUAGAUAUUAAUCGAACAAAAGCGCCACAAAUGCCACAAAUAGCAACAAUACAAUAUUAUUGCUCUCGAAGAGGGGAACCAAUUAAGAGAUAUUUUCGAGAAAUCAACGAAAUUAUUCAUACUGUACAUGCACAGUUUAAAAUUAAAGAAGCUUCAUUGAAAUUUGCGAUUGCUUGGAGUGUUCCAAAUUAUGGUGGACAUUUUAUUUUGAAUACAGAAGCUGCAGAGGAAGCAUUCAUAUCUCGUCAAAUUGAAUAUCAAAAAGCUGAAGCAUUUGAAAGUGCAGCAAAAAUGCUAAAGCAAAUGAUAACUCCAAUAAUUGUACCAGUAUUAUCAGUACAAUCUAUCACUGAAGUAAUGGAAGAAAUUAGAAAAGAUUUGAUAAGAUUAUCAUUUAUCGAUGAAGCAUUUCUAUUGCUUAAAGAAGCUAAUAAAGGUAUUAAUAUUGAGGUAAAAUUAAUUGAAACAACCGAUAUAAGACAAAUUAGCUAUUUGCAAUUUAAACGAGAAAUUGAAGCAAUAGAAGUGGAAACGAUAAUAAAAGAAAAACGAUUUGGUGGUAAAUUAAAUCUCACAAUGAAUGCUUCGGAAGAAUACGAAAUAAAUGCUAAAAGAGAGCUUACAAAUAAUCUUAUUAGAAUUGCACAUUGUAAUCAAUUGAUAGCAUGCAAAAAUAGCUAUCCAUCACCAAUUUCUUAUCAAUUUAUCAACAUCAAAUCAGACUCUACUGUUGUGCAAAUAAAUUUACAAAAAAUGGAAAGUGUAGAUAAUAUCAAUUGGAUUUUUUAUCAAAAAUUAUUAAUGAAGAAGCUAAUGAUGAUGCAAGAAUGUGAAACAAUUGCAUUAACUGUUAAUUUAAAUUAUUUGAAAGAAAGUUCAAUGGAAAUUUCAGAGAUAAUUGUACAAUUGGCACGAAAUAUUGAGCCAACUAUUCUGAUAACAUUUGCAACAACAAAUGAGCAAAAAUUGGUGCAAUGGAUUUUGGAGAAACGACGUGAUGCAUUUAUGAAUGUAUCAACAACAAUUAUUGCUAAAAAUAAUUUAAAAAUUAUUCCAAUUAAUAUAAUUGAAUCAAAAUUAAUGGAAAUUACAAUUUGCGCCAAUAUUCAACGUAUUGCUGAAGUGAUUGAAGUAUGUCAAAGGAUGAUAGCAGCUAAUCGUGGUGAUGAUAUGCAUUGGAAAUUACGUGAAAUUAACGUGGAAAAUGAAUGCUCCAAUUAUCAAUUUAAACAGGAAAAUUUAAUGGAAGAAAUUGAAGGAAUAUAUUUUCAAUCAAAUUAUGCUGGUCAUUUCAUUUUCAAUACUUUUGCAAUCAAUGAAUGCAAUAUUAAUAUGUCACAACAAUUGGAAUCAAAAUUAAUUACUGAUGCUAAAAAAUCGUUGACAAUUAAUAUAUGCAAUAAUGGUAUUCCGAUUGCAUUUACAACAAAAUCAGCAAUUUCAUUGGAAUGUAAUGAAGAAAUUGCAUUGAAACGACAAUUGCAAAUGGCUAAUGUGACAAUUACUCGACAACUGGCAAAUAUUGAUUUGGCAGAAAUAAUUGUAAAAGAAAUUAUUUUGCAAACAGAAAAUAUCAUUGUAAAAUAUCAACAUAAGGAUGAGCAUGAAGAAAUUGAAAUGAUCAAAUUUGUUGCAUUUUAUGGUGGUAAACAAAAAUUGGAAACAUUAGCAGUAAGUACGAUUACUGCUAAUAUUAAUGAAGAAUUAAUAUGCAAGCAUUUAAUGCAUGCAGAUGUAUAUUUGCAGCAGAUAAUUGCAAAUAUUGCAAAACCAUGCAAAUUAACAGUGCAAUCAAGUGCAUUUAAUGAAAUCAAUCAAAAUUGUCAUCUUCAGUGGAAAGGAAUUUUUGAAAAUGAAAAAAUAAUAAUUUCAACGUUGCAUACGGCUAAUUAUGAAUUUGCUAAAAUUACAAUUCGAGAAUGUACAAAUGAAAUUGAAAUGAUUACAACAUAUUGGCAACGUAAUGAAAUGUAUGAAAAUGCUCAAUUAUGCAUUUGUGAUCAAUAUUUUGGUGGAAAUUUAAUAUUUACAACUAAUUAUGCUCAAGAAACAUUGAUUAUGUUUACAGCUUCAUUGAUUGCUUCACGUUUUAAUUUGGAAAAUGUUAUUUUGAUCAUACGUACACCACGUCAUAACACAGAAUCUCCUAUACUUACAACAAAAGCAAUCACCGAUUUAUCUACUCAAUUUAAUUAUCAUUUCAACUGUUGUUCAUCUACUGAUCAACAAACAAUGAUCAUUGCACAUAUUGCUAAUCAAAUUGAACCGAUAAUUGCUCAACUAACCGAAAGUACUAGCAUCACUGAAAUUAUUAAUGUGCAAUAUCAACGACAAAAUCAACUUAUUGAUGCAUUUUCAGAAGUAUUACCGGAAGCACGUUUUGGUGGAUCAUUAAUUUUAAAUACUUUGGCUGCUAAAGAAGUAUUCAUUAGCAUUGAAAUUGUUUACAAUAAUCGAGCAUUGAAACAAUUUGAAACAGAAAUGAUUUUUAUGGAUAAAAAUCGAGCAAUUGAAAUGUGUCAACUAUUAGCAGCUACGGAAUAUAUAAUUACAACAAAUGUACAAUUGCAACGAUCAAAUGAUUUAUCAAAUGUUGAAUUGAUGAGAUAUACAUCACGUAAAGGUGAUAAACAAUGUUGUACAUUUAAUGAAUCAACAGAAAUUAAUUUAUUCAAUAAUUUCUUGUGGAAAAAACCGGAAGAAAUAAGCGCUAAUCAAGUGGCUAUUUUGAAAGAAAUACGUUAUGGUGGACAUUUGGAAUUAAGCACGAAAUAUGCAAAUGAAGAAGCUAUUACAAUUAUGGAAACAUUAAAGCAAACAAUGACACAACUAUCUGCUACAAUAACGAGGAAAAUAGCAAAUGAUGGUGAAGCAAUAAGUAUAAAUUGUUUAGCAUCACAAGAAAAUCAUUGGAAUAUUCAUAUGGAAUUACAAUCCAACAAAUUAGCUCAAUUGGAGACAUUGGUAAUUCGUAAGGUAGCAAAUUGUGUGACACCACAAGAAUUGUUUACAAAUGAAUUCAGUGAAAUGAUGCUAACAACAAAUGUUACAAUGCAAAAAUUAUUGGAUAAUGAAUUGGCGCAAAUUGCAUGGAAAGCAAAAAAUCAAGGUGAACCAAUCGAGAAACAAUGUAAUGCUUCAAAUGAAUCAUUCAUUGAGCUGUGUAAUUGUUUACAAUCUAAAUUAUCACUAAAGCAAAAUGUUGACACAUUGUUGACAAUUAAUGAAAUAUGCUAUGGUGAACAUAUAAUAAUGAAUGUAAAUGCAACAGAAGAAAUUAUUUUCAAUUUGGAUGUAUCAUUUAAAAAGGAAAAUAUGACAAGUAAACAAUACCAUACUGUCAAAGAAAUAAAUAAUGCAGUACCGGAAAUAUUGGACACAACAGAAUGUUUGGAAAUAGCAAUACAAAUUGAUAAAUUGGAAGUGUGUAGGCGUUCUAAUGAAGUGCAUGUAGAAAGUGCUUUAAAAUUAGCUAAACAACAAUGCUUACCUGUUUGUUUACAAACAGAUUCGGCUGAAGAAACGUUUAUACGGCAUGAACUAGAGAUGCGUAACAAUUUGCAACGUAACAACAAUGAUGCAGUAGAGAUUGAAAAAACAACACGAAUAAUUGAACGUGAAGCAUUAACGUGUACGGAAUCACUUGUUGUGACAUUGCGACAUAAAAGUUUAGAUGAAGUGGAAGAGGAAAAAGUCGAAAAACGAGUAAGUUUUGCGGCUGAAGUAACUGAGAAAACGAUGUCAAUGGAUAUGAGUGUAACAGUGGAACAGCAAGAAAUUCCAUUAAUUGUUAAAAAACCAAUGAAAAAGGAACAACACGGUCGUCGGCAAACUUUAAAACAAAAUGAAGCUCCAAACUUUGUACCAGUACGUCGGAAUAGCUUAUUAUUAGCAAUGGAAAUUGGUGAUGCGCACAAUAUACCACAUUAUAAAACUUUGGAAGAUGUCAUCAAAGGUAUCAAAAAGGCUGGCUUAGAAUAUUCGAAUUUAAUAUUUGGAAUUGAUUAUACGCAAUCAAAUAAAUAUCAAGGUGAAAGAACGUUUGAUGGUCGAAAUUUACAUUCUCUUAAUUCAGAUGAAAUGAAUCCUUAUCAACAGGUAAUUGAAAUUGUUGGAAAAACAUUAUCAUCAUUUGAUGCUGAUGGUGUGAUACCAACUUAUGGAUUUGGUGAUGAGGAAUCAAGUGGUCAUGGAAUUUUUAAUUUAAAUGAUCGAAAUGAUAUAAAUGCUGAAUGCAACGGUUUUGAAGAAGUUUUAAGAAUAUACAAUGAUAAAACACCAUCCAUUCGAAUGUCUGGUCCAACAAAUUUUGUACCACUCAUUGAACAGGCAGUCUCAAUUGUUCGUGAGAAGCAUUCCUAUCAUAUUUUGGUAAUUGUUGCUGAUGGACAGGUGACAAAUGAAAAGAUUAAUCAAAAAGCUAUUGCUGCAGCAUCACGUUAUCCAUUAUCAAUUAUUAUGGUUGGCGUUGGUGAUGGACCAUGGAAUAUGAUGACCAGAUUUGAUGAAACAUUACCGAAACGAAUGUUUGAUAAUUUUCAUUUUGUUGAUUUUCAUAAAGUGAUGUUCAAUGCACCAAAUCAGGAAGCAUCAUUUGCUCUUAAUGCACUGAUGGAAAUACCUGAUCAGUAUAAAGCAAUUAAGGAACUUGGCUUACUGAAGCAUUCACGACGCGGCUAG